AUGCGCCAGCUGCAACACGACUAUUGCAACCCAUCUACUACAACACAUCUACUACAACACAUCUACUACAACACAUCUACUACAACACAUCUACUGCAACACAUCUACUGCAACACAUCUACUACAACACAUCUACAACACAUCUACUACAACACAUCUACUACAACACAUCUACUACAACACAUCUACUGCAACACAUCUACUGCAACACACCUACUGCAACACAUCUACUGCAACACAUCUACUGCAACCCAUCUACUGCACCCCAUCUACUGCAACACAUCUACUGCAACGCAUCUACUGCAACACAUCUACUGCAACACAUCUACUACAACACAUCUACUGCAACACAUCUACUGCAACACAUCUACUGCAACACAUCUACUACAACACAUCUACUGCAACACAUCUACUGCAACCCAUCUACUACAACACAUCUACUGCAACACAUCUACUGCAACACAUCUACUACAACCCAUCUACUGCAACACAUCUACUGCAACACAUCUACUGCAACACAUCUACUGCAACACAUCUACUGCAACACAUCUACUACAACACAUCUACUACAACACAUCUACUACAACACAUCUACUACAACACAUCUACUGCAACACAUCUACUGCAACACAUCUACUGCAACACAUCUACUACAACACAUCUACUACAACACAUCUACUACAACACAUCUACUACAACACAUCUACCGCAACGCGACUGCUACGGCAUUGUAUAAGUCUAAAUAUUCGUGUCACACAAAGCAAACAUCAGUUCUUAGCCACUUGGAUCGAGGAAAACCAAUAG